AUGGUACCCACUACAGCCUGUUAUUUUGGAUCCUUACACUUAGAAGGUACAAUGAAGCUUGUGAAAUAUGUUGUCGAGCACAAACAAAGAGCAUUGGUGGGAAAAGUCAGUAUGAAUGUAGAAAAUGAUGUUGGUUACUACAACAAGACAGACAAGGAACUGCAAGAGGUUGAACAAUUCAUCAAAAGAGUUCUAAGCUAUAAGAAUGAAUUGGUUCAACCCAUAAUAACUCCAAGAUUUGCGGUCAGUUGCAGCAAUGAAUUGAUGUGUGGUUUAUCAAAAACUAGCGGUCGAGAUACAAAUGUGGCAUUCAGAAUAAAAUUCUACACUAAGCUGUAUGAAUAUAAACAAAAGUCACAUAUCGGAAAACAAAAAAAAGAAAUUGAAUAUGUGUUAGAGACGAAUCCAGAAUGUGCAUCAUAUACUGAGGUUUAUCAACGAUGCGGCAUAUUUAAUAGUCCAUGUAUAAUGGCACACGCCGUUCAUCUCACUGAGGACGAAAUGAGUGAGUUUAAUGUUCGCCAAGUGUCGGUGGCUCAUUGUCCCGCCUCUAACACUAGACUCAACUCAGGGCUUUGCCCCGUUAGGAAGCUCCUUGAUAGAGGCAUCAGAGUGGGGCUUGGUACCGAUAUAUCUGGUGGUGAUAACGCUAGCAUGUUAGACGCCAUGCGACGGGCCAUGGAUGUGUCACUGCAUUUGGCCAUGAUGGGCCAACCUCACACCACUUUGGACUGGAAGGAAGCUUUCUAUCUGGCCACGCUAGGCGGCGCUAGAGCUUUACGAUUGGAAGAUAAGAUUGGCAGUUUCGAUAUUGGAAAACAAUUCGAUGCUUUACUAAUAGAUGUUUACGCGAUGGGUGGGCCAAUAGAUAAAUAUGACUACAAUAGUGGAGAAGACCAAUUGGUGGAGUUAGUACAAAGAUUCGUUUAUUUGGGUGACGAUAGAAACAUAAGGCAGGUCUACGUAAACGGAGAAACUAUUAAGAAAUUUUAA